GGAAGGGAGCGGCCGACGCCUCCUGCCGGCGCAGAACCCCGCGCGCUCGGGGGAGCAGCCCGCCCCUCGGGGGACAAAGGCAAGCGGCGCCGAGUGCCCAAGACUUCACUGUCGCCGCUGCAGCUUGGAGGCGUGGAGGCGGCGCGGUGCCUGCACUCGGCUGUUCCUUCCCCCCCCUCCUCCCUCCUCUUCGGUUGCGCGCUCUCAGCCUCUGUGCGUGUGUGUUUCUCUCUCCCUCUCUGGGCGGUGGUUGAGGCCGAUAGUAGGUGCAGAAGUCGCCGCCGCGGAUCGUAGUAGAUCGAUCAAUGAAGUGACUUUUAUGGCUGGCAGGCUGGGCUGAUUGUCUGCGUUCAGCCUGGCUUUGCAGCCGCCAGGGAUCCCGGGAGAGGGGAAGGAGGACGCGCAGCAGCAGCGUUGCAUGAGAGACUCAGCCAAGGGAGAAGAAGAGGGUGGAGGCGGCGGCGGCAGAGGCGUCGAGCCAGCCAGCGGCAGGAGAAGAGGAGCCCAGUCCCAGCAGCCGGCGAGGGAGAGGCACUUCCCCGCGGCCGCCUCCCUGAAUCGCGCGCCCGCCAAGUUGCCUCCAAAGUUGCUUCCCGGGCGGAGGGGAGGCUCGCUCUUUGGCUGGGCGAUGAUUUUCCCCAACAGCAGCAGCAGCAGUAACUCUGCGGGCGGCGGCAGGACUCCUUAUAGAAAGCAGCAGCCCAUCGUGCCUGCCCAUCCAAUGGCUCCUCCUAGCCCCAUCAUCACCAGCAGCAAUAGCAACAACAGCAGCAGCAGCAACUCAGGAUGGGAUCAAUUAAGCAAAACAAAUCUUUAUAUCCGAGGUCUGCCACCAAACACCACUGACCAGGACUUAGUAAAACUAUGCCAACCAUAUGGGAAAAUUGUGUCUACGAAAGCUAUUUUGGAUAAAACGACAAACAAAUGCAAAGGUUAUGGUUUUGUAGACUUUGACAGUCCAGCCGCAGCUCAGAAAGCAGUAUCCGCUCUGAAGGCCACUGGAGUCCAAGCACAGAUGGCAAAGCAACAAGAGCAGGAUCCAACUAAUCUAUAUAUUUCCAAUUUGCCACUUUCAAUGGAUGAACAAGAGCUGGAGAAUAUGCUGAAACCUUUUGGGCAAGUUAUCUCUACAAGAAUACUUCGUGAUUCCAAUGGCACAAGUCGUGGGGUUGGCUUUGCAAGGAUGGAAUCGACAGAAAAAUGUGAAGCAGUAAUUGCUCAUUUUAAUGGGAAAUUUAUUAAAACACCCCCAGGAGUUUCAGCUCCUGCAGAACCUUUGUUGUGCAAGUUUGCAGAUGGAGGACAAAAAAAGAGACAGAAUCAGAACAAAUAUAUACAGAAUGGAAGAGCGUGGCACCGAGAAGGCGAGGUGAGACUUGCUGGAAUGACACUUACGUAUGAUCCAACUACAGCUGCUUUACAAAAUGGAUUUUAUCAUUCGCCAUACAGUAUUGCAACAAACAGAAUGAUCACUCAGACGUCUAUCACGCCAUAUAUUGCUUCUCCAGUUUCUGCAUACCAGAGCCCUUCAUGGAUGCAGCCUCAACCAUAUAUAAUGCAGCAUCCUGGUACUGUAUUAACUCCUUCCAUGGACCACACCAUGUCACUGCAGCCUGCAUCAAUGAUAAGUCCACUGACACAGCAGAUGAGUCACCUUUCAUUGGGCAGUACUGGAACAUACAUGCCUGCCACAACAGCUAUGCAAGGAGCCUACAUACCCCAGUACACACACGUUCAGACAGCAGCUGUUCCAGUUGAGGAAGCCAGUGGUCAACAGCAAGUUACAGUAGAGACGUCCAGUGAUCAUUCGCCAUAUACUUAUCAGCAAAACAAGUAAUCAUGAGAAAUGUGUUGUUGACCUCGCCUGGAGAAGGAUGCAAAGGCUGAAACAAUCAUGGAUUUUACUGAUCAAUUGUGCUUUAGAAAUUAUUGACAGUUUUGCACAGGUUCUUGAAAACGUUAUUUAUAAUGAAAUCAACUGAAACUAUUUUUGCUAUAAGUUCUAUAAGGUGCAUAAAGAAAAAGAAAAAAAAUCCUUAAAUUCAUCCUAGUAGCUGUUUCCCUCCCCCUCCCCCCUUGAACAGGUUUAUUUUAGUAAGAAAUUUUUUAUCAAGUAUUAACGACGCAAAAAAAAUAAAAUAAAGGUAAAUAAUUAAAUAAAUGGGGGGGAAAUCUGUCCAUGCACAGAUUGCAAUGGAGACAUGUUCACGUGCAUGACAGAAUCAGUCUCUUGGUUUGUUUUAGUUUUUUUUGUUUUACCGUAUUAAGAUUUUGUUUUUAUUUUUUGAAGUUUAAACUAGUAAAAACAUCCAUGCCGAUGUUCUGUGCUUGCCGUGUGAGUGUCGCUAUAGUGCAGUGUUGCAGUUGUAGGGUCUAUUUUCAUAGCUUUCUCUCUCUCUCUCUCCCUCUUUUUCUUUUAAGGUAGUGUGAAGUGUCUUAUCCUUUUUCUAUCAAUUCCAAUUUGCCUUAACUCUUUUAAUGCUGUAGCUGUUUCAGUACGUAGUCCAAACUAAUGGUGUAGAAUGCUUUUGACCAAAUGAGCUGGUCUAUUAUGCCUUGUAAAAACAGCAGGAUAGGGCUUUUAACAGGUAGUCGAUUAAAAUUGCUGAAAAAUUUGGCUUUUAAAAAAUGUGUAGUAGGUGUUUUUAAUGAUUUUGUUUCCCCUCACAUAAUAAUGUAAGGUUGUGAAAUGCAAGAUUGGGGGGUAGGGAAAUGUUUUGUGUGAAACACAUUUUCUGACUGGGGAAAUUUUAAUAGGAUAAAUUGUUUGUAAGGCCUUAUGCCAAUUAGUUUUCCUCUGCUAGUUAGGAACUCUGCUGUAUGAUGCAAUGUAAAAAAAAAAAUAAUCUUUUUGCCUUUUUCCAGAAGAUAAUUGAUGUUCUAGUUUUAGGGUGGGGGAGUUUUGGGGAUGGGGAAUCCACAGAAUGUUUCUGUCCUUCCUUUCUAGUAAUGAAUAGUGCUUUAGAAUGAUGCUGUGCAGAGAAAAUAGCAAAUAGAAGCGUUUGCUUUUACAGCAAAGGCGAAAGCUAAAAGACUUUUUUCAAAACAUAAGCUGAGAUGUAAGUAGAAAACAUACUAGAUUGGGUACUAGCUCUCUAUAUUAGGUAAAUAAAGACUUGGCACUUUUUAAAGGUAACUUUACCAAAGAACAAAGAGCCAGUAACCAAUAAUUCUGAUUUUGUCUCAGCAGUUAUGUCUUCUGUACUCUUUUAAUUUUGUUGCCGGACCAGUUUGCGGUUAGAAGAAUGUGCCUUUUUUUGUACAUUUGCAUUUAGGUUUUAUAAUUUUUAAUUGAUGUAUGGACACAAACAAACAAACAAAAAGCAUGAAGGAAGACUUGGAUCCAAGCAGUGCCACACUUUACAUCAUCACUACAAGUGUUAAGUGUAAAGAAGAAGAAGAAGAAAAUACAAUUUUGAAACUAUGAAAUUCCUGAUUUAACAAAUACACUGUUAUUUGUACUUUUUACAUAUUAGAUGAUAAAACUCACUGCUAUUAAAGCUCAUUUUAUUAUGAUCGCAUGUGUAUUAAAUCAAACGGUAAAUUAAGUUGUCUUCCAAAACUGUGUACUUGUCUGGUCAGCUGUGUAUGAUCAGUUAUCUACCUCAAGGCUUAUUUCCUUUUGUAAUGGGACAGGUUGCUGGCCCUCCCUGUUACCACAGACCAAAUCAUCCUAGCUCAGGAGCUAGGCCUAAGCAAUUCUUUCUUUUCACUUAUUUUUUUUUAAAGUUUUUAAAUUUUAUGUGAGUAUUCAAGUACAGAUGUCAGUGACAUUUCAUAGUUUCAAAAGUCAAUGCUGCUCUGAGAAGUGUAGAUUCUAGUAAAUUACAUAGUCAUAAGAAAUGUGUUUGUUUCUUUUUGUUUUUGUUCUUUUGUUUUUUAAAAAAAAGUUUAAAAAGUUGUGGUAUUAUUGGUUCUAUGCUCCCUGGAAUUGACUGCUUUGUCAAAGUUCAGACUUCUUGCAACUCAUUCCCUAUAGCUGGUGUAUUUCCAGAUGUGGGGGAGAAGAUUUGGGGGCAGGCAGAUAUUUGCUACUUGAUGUUUUAUUUCAAUUAGCUAAGCAUUAGGGUUAGAGGGAGGGAAUAGAUGCUGCUAGAAAAGUCUGAACUAAGUGCCAUACUCAUUAUCUGGGUAAGAUUUGCAAAAUGUAACCUCUGUACAUAAAGAAAUAAUCAGUUACUUAAACAUCACAUAGUAGACAGCCAUUAAAUUAUAAAAAAAAAUAAUUUAUGAAGAAAGACCUUUUGUACAGAUUGAAAAAAAAAGAUUUUCAUAGAGAUAUCUAUAUGAUCAAGAGAGUUAAUUUUUUAUUUUUGUUUUACUAGUGCCACAAACUUGCCAGUGGUAACUUAUUUGUCCGGUUCAAGAUACUCUGUCAUUUUGUUUCCUAGGACUUGUUGUUAAAUGCCAAAAGACAUUUUUGAACUGUAAAUUUGAUUAGAUCAUUAGUUUUUUUCUGUUUUGUUUCUUUUGAAAACUUUUGAAUAAAAAAGAUCAAAAUAUAAA